AUGGCGAAGUUGUCGUCGGCAACAUUCCUGGUCGCGAUUUUUGCAGUUGCAUUCGCCAGGGCGAAAGAUUGGGACGAGAUUUCUCCCCACCUCUUCCCAUUUGGACUGGAAAAUGAUCUGACGGAUCCGGAAUUUGAAGUCGCUUCGGAUCCUAAACCCUGCUGUUUCCCAGAGACUUGGCAGGGCGUCCUUAGUGCUUCGAUUGCUAAGGCACCAAGAAGGGGUCCAGCUACCCACAAAAGUUCUCUCAGUAAAGUUUACAUAGAUGGCCCCAACAAGAGAAUCGCUGUCAGGAUCCAGUGUCCCUAUCUCAAGAGAGAUGUCAUUGGAGUUGUUGGAAUCUACAACCCAACAACCGGAAUUGGCUUCACGUUGUACGCAUUCAAAAUUGAAAAUGCCACUAAAUGUUGGAGCCACAAAUUCGACAAGUUGCCCUACAAGAAGUCUUGCAUCCCUGAAAAUGCUACCUUCGUCGGUUCUGCUAAAUUAGAUGAAGAUGAUGGUGAAGAAGAAGAUGGUGGUGAGGAAGAAGAUGGUGAUGAAGAAGAAGAAGAUGGUGAUGAAGAAGAAGAAGAUGGUGAUGAAGAAGAAGAAGAUGGUGAUGAAGAAGAAGAAGAUGGUGAUGAAGAAGAAGAAGAUGGUGAUGAAGAAGAAGAAGAUGGUGAUGAAGAAGAAGAAGAUGGUAAUGAAGAAGAAGAAGAUGGAUUGUAUGACUCUGGGCUGGCGAUCAACGCUUUCGGCCACUCAUUCAAAUCCUGUCAACUGGAAUGGGAGGGGUCCUUUGCGGUUACCGACGCCUGCAUUCCCAUCCUCUUCCGGGAAUCCGGAGUGAUUGGUGGCCGCCGGGGAGAUAAGUGUGUGAAAGGAGAGGGCAGUAGUGAUGAUGAGGCUGAUGAUGAGGGUGAUGAUGAGGAUAAGAAGGAGGAUGUAUCUAUUCAGGGCAUCGAUCCUACUAUCAGACUAGGUUUCCGCCUCACCUUCCAACCCGAAAGUAAAAAGCCUCGCCCCCGCCCAGGGCCACGCCGUGGGGGGUCCACGAAGUUCGUUGUCAACGUCGCCUACCUUAACCUCCAGCCUAAAAUUAGCGACCCGUCUGUCUUUAACGUUCCAGACAUUUGUAAGAAGUCAGAAGUGGUGAGGGAGAUGAUGGGAGCUGGGAACGGGAUGGAUGACAGGUUCAAGGAGGAACUGGAUGGGAUUGUUAAUAUCCUGGAGCAUGGAGUGCUGUGA